CGUGUUCUUUCGUUGGUGAAUUUCAUGCUGCAUCUGUUCAAUUUAUGUAGUGUUUUUUGAUGGAGUAACGCGGUUAAGCUUCAUGAACCUUACGGAGAGGGUUAUACUUUUCACCACAUUCAUAUGUGAUUAUAGUAGUGUAAGGCACAUAUUUCUUCUCACAGUUCAUCUUGUCGACUUCUGUAUUUGAGCGACAAACCUGAAGUCGGCUUCUGAGUUUUCUGGACUUGGCCUCUGAUGCCACAUGUAUCGAAUUUGAGUUUGAGAACUAUGAACUGGGUGUCGGAGCUGUGCCGACUAAUCACAGCCCAGUGUCUGGAGAUUUCGUUUGGGGACUUGAAUUCUUUUCUCCUUGUUUUUCUUUCUCAUGCAUGGGCUAGCCAUCGGGUUGACGCCCUUACAUGGGAGGAGAUAACGACGUUGGGCAACCCCCCUUGAAGCGACAGAAGCUUUCUAAACCUAGUCAUAUAACCCCCCUGGAGGGGUCUCGGACAGGUGUGGUAGCCACGGGGUCCGCCGCCCUAAUGGCCAGAAGUAUUCCUAUUAAUGAUGGCGAAACGGUGGGGUCUCAUGGUCAAAUUCGGAAGGUGGAGUUUGUGAGGAUUAUAGAGCAAGCGCUCUUUUCUCUUGGCUAUCAACAGGCAGGUGCAGCGCUCGAAGAGGAGUCAGGUAUUCGUCUUCAGUCGCCAGCGGUUCAACAGUUUCGCGAGGACAUUCUGGCAGGGCGCUGGAAUGAAUGUGUAACCACAUUGUCUAGAAUUGGCGUCCUUGAGGAAUCCACUUUUAAGGCUGCUUCAUUUCUGAUUUUGCAACAGAAGUUUUUGGAGUCCUUACAGUCUAGCAAUACAACUGCAGCGCUCGAAAUUUUGCGGUCGGAAAUUACACCACUAGGAGUAAGUACUCCCAAAGUUCAUCAGCUCGCUAGCUUCAUAGUUUGUUCCCCGCAAGACCUGCUUACGAAAGCUCAGUGGAAGGGUGUUGGACAAGAAUCGCGUCAGUUCUUGUUAGAAGAAUUGCAGCAGUUGCUUCCACCUUCAAUCAUGGUGCCUGAGAACCGAUUGGAGCAUCUUGUCGAAGUUGCACUUAAAGUGCAGCGCGAAGCAUGUGUUUAUCAUAAUACACUGGAUGAUGUCUUGUCCCUUUAUGCAGACCAUCGCUGUAGUCGGGACCAAAUUCCGACACAGACUUUGCAGGUUUUAGAAAUGCACGAUGAUGAGGUCUGGUUUUUGCAAUUUUCGCAUGAUGGUCGUUACCUCGCAUCUUCAUCCAAAGACUGUACGGCCAUCAUUUGGGAGGUUGUCGAAGAUGAUUCACUCAGGGUAAAGUUCAAAUUGACCGGUCACUCGAAGCCUGUAUCUUUUGUUGCUUGGAGUCCAGAUGACACCAUGCUAUUGACAUGUGGGAAUGAGGAAGUCGUGAAGCUGUGGGACACAGCCACUGGACUUUGCAAAUACACUUAUGAUAAACCAAACAGCUGCUUUACGUCCUGUGCGUGGUUCCCAGAUGGACAACGUUUCGUAUCUGGUGGAGGUGACAAGUGUAUCUACAUGUGGGAUCUAGAGGGACAUGAGUUGGAGGCUUGGAAGGGUGCUCGGAUGCCUCGUAUCAAUGAUUUGGCUAUUACAACGGAUGGAAGUCAUAUGGUAAGCAUUUGUGAUCAUAAGAACAUCCGCAUCUACAACCUGGAGGAAAAAACAGAGCGAGUCAUUGAGGAGGAGAAGCCAAUUACCUCACUUUCAGUGAGCAAAAAUGGGAGAUAUUUGUUGGUUAACUUGGUGAGUCAGGAGAUUCAUUUGUGGGACAUUUCAGCAGCUACGAGAGACCUACCUAAGAAGUAUAGAGGUCACAGGCAAGGGCGAUAUGUGAUUCGAUCCUGCUUCGGUGGGACUGAUUAUGCAUUUAUUGUCAGUGGUAGCGAAGACUCUCAGGUUUAUAUCUGGCAUAGAUGGAAUGGUGAGUUACUUGAUGUGUUGUCAGGUCAUUCAGGCACUGUAAACAGCGUAAGCUGGAAUCCUGUGAAUCCUCAUAUGUUUGCAUCUGCCAGUGAUGACCAUACAAUUCGGAUUUGGGGUCUGAGUAACAGACCAAAAAUCAAGAAACACGAUGAGAAAGCAGGUUCGUCAAAUGGCAUCGAUCACCUAGUAAAUGGUGGGACAAGAGACCUAUUAGAAAAUCUGAGGCCCUUCAAUUCUGAUACAGAUUAGUGGUGUAGCUAUUAUAUAUGGUAUAGGCAUGCAGCACUCCGUUAGUCCCUCUUCUUUGUACAUUUAAUCUUGUCAUCAUUUAUCCUCUCUAUUGGUGAUGUAAGUAUACGUAAGGAUUUUUCAUUGCCUUAUAGGUUUCGUGCUGAAGGUUUGAUUUCUUCUUAC